UUGACGCGACCGCGCAUGCUCAGACAUAUACUGGUAACCUCCAACAUGGCGGCUAGAGGCCAUGUGCAAGACCCUAACGACCGGAGACUUAGACCCAUUUACGACUACCUGGACAAUGGCAACAACAAGAUGGCGAUCCAGCAGGCUGACAAACUGCUGAAGAAACACAAGGACCUGCACUGUGCCAAGGCCUUACCUAAAACCCUGCCCCUAACCUCUACCCCCUACGAUGAUGAUGGUGGCAUGUUACUCAGGCAGAUCCCUCUCGCCAGGUGUUGAAAGCCAUCGGUCUGCAGCGAACAGGAAAGCAGGAUGAAGCAUUUAGCCUGGCCCAGGAGGUGGCGACACUCGAACCCACCGACGAUAACUCAUUACAGGCUCUCACUAUACUGUACAGAGAGAUGCACCGCCCUGAGUUGGUGACUAAGCUGUAUGAAGCUGCGGUGAAGAAGGUUCCCCUCAGCGAGGAGUAUCACUCUCACCUGUUCAUGGCCUACGCCCGUGUUGGAGAGUACAAGAAGAUGCAGCAGGCGGGGAUGGCCUUGUAUAAGACCGUUCCUAAGAACCCCUACUACUUCUGGUCUGUCAUGAGUCUGGUCAUGCAGGCCAUUUCUGCGCAGGAUGAGAAGUUGGCCCAGACCAUGUUCCUGCCUCUGGCUGAACGCAUGGUGGAGAAGAUGGUGAAGGAGGAGAAGAUCGAGGCUGAGGCUGAGGUUCAACUGUACUUUAUGAUCCUGGAGCGGCUGGGGAAGUAUGUGGAGGCUCUGGACAUGGUCCGCGGUCCACUGGGAGAGAAGUUGACCAGUGAGUUGCAGAGCAGGGAGAAUAAGUGUAUGAUGAUGUACCAACGACUGCAGCUCUGGCCUGAAUGCAAUGCUCUGUCCUACAAGCUACUGCUCAAAAAUCCUGAUGAAUGGCAGUUCUAUCUCUCCUACUUUGACUCUCUUUUCCAUCUCAUGGACAAGUCCUGGAGCCCACCUAAUGAGGAAGAGCACUGUGUGGAGGGUCCAGUGCACACCACUGUGGCGGAGGCAGUGAAGUUUGUGGUGGACAGGAUGGAGGAGGAGGACAAGAAGGAUUCUCGUCCUCUCAGAGGUCCCUACAUGGCCUGCCUGGAACUCAUACACAGACUGAGACAGAGGGGCUGUCCUGAUGAGGAAGAGCUAGGAGAUCCGUUGGAGUUGAUGCUUCAGUUCUUUGGGAAGUUUGGAGACAAACCCUGCUGUAUUACAGACCUGAAGAUAUAUUUACACCUACUUCCCCCUGAGCAACACACACAGUUUGAAAACCGUCUGGGGGAGUUGGUUCCGUUGGGGGAGGUGGGUGAGGAUGGCUUUGGGUUUCCGGGGGAUACGAAGGCGUUGCAGAGACACCUGUGUGUGUGUCAGCUGAGCCGGGUGCUGGGACUGCAACACACUCUGGACACAGAGGGCAAACUAUGCCUCAUCACAGAACUCAAAGCCCACUACCACUAUGGACUACAGUUUGGGAAGUCGUGUCUGAAGACAGAGCUCCAGUUCUCUGAUACGUACUGUCUCAUGGUCGCUCACGUCUACAUCGACCUCUGGACAGAAACUGGCGACGAGAACAUGCUGUGGCAGUGUCUAGGAGUAUUAGAGGAGGGUUUGUCCUACAGUCCCUCCAACGCUCAGUUCAAACUACUGCUGCUGCUUCUUUUCUGUCGCCUCGGAGCCUUCCAGCCCGUAGUGGACCUCUACUCCAGUCUGGAUGCCAAGCACGUACAGCACGACACCAUAGGGUAUCUGUUAACUCGUUAUGCAGGGUCAUUGGGGCAGUUUGCUGCAGCCUCCCAGUCCUAUAACUUCUCCCUCAGGUUUUUCCACUCCAACCAGAAAGAUACCUCAGAGUACAUAAUCCAGGCCUAUAAGUAUGGAGCGUUUGAGAAAAUCCCAGAAUUCAUAGCAUUUAGAACCCGGCUCAACCAAUCUCUGCACUUCGCUCAGGUCCGCACCGAGAGGAUGUUACUGGACUUGUACACCGAGGCUGACAUCACAUCAAGUCUGGAGGAGAGUGUGAAGGCGAUGGGUCUGUGUCCUGAGGAGGAUGACAUUCCCUGGGACAACAUGAGGGACAACAGAGACCUGACGGUCCUCUUCAGCUGGGACCCCAAGGACCGGGAGCUGACUGAGGAGCAUCGUCGUCUGUCUCUAGAGGAGGAGUCGGUCUGGUUAAAGGUUCGCUCUCUCACGCUCCGCCUCCUCGCCUCAUUGGCUCUGCUCGGACACGCCCCCUCAAAACGGAACUCUGAUAAGACCAAUGAGAAUGGUGUAUCGGCCAAAAGCUCCACCCUCCAGACUCUCCUCUCCCAGCUAGACCUGACACUACAGACCGCAGCCCAGAUCACAGAGAAACAGACACAGUACCCGUUCCUGGGCCCUCCCUCCUCCCGCCUGGCCUCUGCUCUGUCUAGUGGCAGCUGUCACUGUCAGGCCUCUGCUCUGCAACUAUCACUGACUCUUCAGGAACUAGAGACCACUGGACUGGACGACUCGUCAGAACUCCAAACCCAGAUCUGUAACUCCUUCAAAUCAUUAAUAGUACAACUCCAAGAGCUGUUAUCCAGAUGUAAAGGAGAUGUGUUGGAGAUGAAAGACAGCAGAUUGAUGACCCAGCCCUCCCUGUUAGAAACACUGGUCUUCUUCGUCGAGACUGUGUGUGUGGUGCUGUGGGUGGCCAGUUACUCUGCCAGCGUCCUGCGACCGCUCAAGUCCAGCCUACAGAAGAAGAAGAAGAAGAAGACAAAGGACAGCAGCACAGCCAUGCCAGUGGUGCUGAGUGGCUUCCAGGAGUGGACUGGCAGCCUACAGGGCAUUGUGACUCAGGCUCUGGAUCACGUGAAGGGGCAGGAGGCCAGCCUGACAGCCCUCAAACUAGCAGCACUCACCUUGGGGGUGGGACACGCACAGACACAGGAGGAGUGUGGAUUCACCAGAGCAGCCAUGGACAAGGUUCAGACGAGUUAUCUUGGCUCGCUGCAGGAGCUGGGAGAUCUACUGAGGAAGAGAGCUGAUUCGCUGAAGAGCCUCAAGUUCUGACCAGCAAUCACCAUCACCCUUCAAUCAAUAUUGUCAUACCUAAUUAUCACUAUUAUACUGGAUCACCUCAUCUAACUGCCCCCCCUGCUCCUCUCAAAGGAGGUGUUGCCUGCUACCAACAGUCUUUCACUUUAUCGCCUUCCCUACAUCUCCUUCACCCUGGGUGUCACUUUAUAUAACACAGGACUCCCACCAUCACUGCUCUCUCUCAGCAAGGAACCACAGAUAUUUCCGGUUUAUUAUAUGUGAUAAUGUCAGAGAAGCUCCUCAAACAUACUAAAUAAGCAAUUUUAGAUCUACUCUAAUAAAUUAUUGUACAUAGUCUACAGAUCAACUACCACAGCAACAACUCCUUGACUUAACGUGAAUGAAAUAAGAACUAAGCAACAUAGUUGUUUUUUCCUGGCCUCUGUUGCUUCCAUGGUGACAGAUGAGAAGAUCUGCUCCUGUUUUUCAUGUUGGACUCCUCACUUCCCGAGCCUGACCUGGCAGCCCACUGUUGUCAGUGACACUCUUCUGCUCAUAAGAACAAAUGGGGCAGAGAUGGUGCUUAGCUUACUGUAUGAAAACGAGGACAGCUGAACAAAGAAGGUUCUUGGCGUAUUGUACAAGCAAGGAAAGCUGAACGCGGCCCCAACUCUGAAAAGCUUCUGAAUUUUUGGUUUCAGAAGUGCACAACUCCAGUGCUGAUUUUAGGCUUUGACUUUUAGCCAGCAACCUGGGAAACGAGUUGUCUGCACUCCUCUCCGGGCAACCAGUGACUUAAUAGGUCAGUUUAGAGCAGAUGAGUAUACUACAAGGUAGGAUCAAAGAGUUAGCCAGCUAACCUGCCUAAAUAUAUAUAUUUUUUUAAAGAUGAGCUUAGUCUAAUAGCUAAACAUC